CUCGUUAUGACAAUUUUAUGUAAAUAAGAUCAAGAACAGCUAAUUAGAAAGUGUAAUUAUUUAAAUAUAUAUCUAUAAAAUGGAAUUAAUUUACAGUGGAACGAUUUGUGAAUUAGUUCUUCGUUAGUAUUGUGUAAAUGUGUUGCGUGAAUUCAAGCUUUUAUCAUUUCUUGUGACCUAUGAUGUGUUGUGUCAAUCAUGGAUAUAGAUCCCAUCGGAAUUUUCCUAGUCAAAAAUGACAGUAACGGGGAUAAAUUACUAUUCCGUUACCCGUACCUAGGCGACCAUGAUUCCAUCUCGAAACUCAAGUAUACUCGCCACACACCAUAUAGCUUACAUAUCGCCGAAGAUACUUUGUAUGGAUCCAAUAUCACGAAAAAUGAAGGAGAAAAGUUGACAGAAUUCUCAGACGAAUUGCUCUCCAAUUUAUUUUCUGUAAAACCAAAUUUCUCCGAUCACAAAUUCGAGCUUAAAAUCAACAAUAUUCGAUUCGUUGGUCAUCCGACGUUUAUUAAACAAUGUUUCAAAUUCAAAUCAUCUCUUAAAAAAGAAGAAACUCCGAGUAUAUUAGUCCACGUUGUGUUUGCUUUGAAAGCUUCGGCCGAAUAUUCAGUCGUGAAAAGUUAUUACGAUUUGAGUCGACGUAUUGGUGUAGCUAUUCGUCAUGAAGAGAAAAGAUGCGGAUAUUUUGGCAAAGAAAUGAAACUGAUGACAUCCACUGAUGAGAUGAUUUCAAGUUCGGGAGAUGCUAAUAAUGAUACGCAGUCAUCCUUCGAUGUGAUAGCAUCACAAUGUUCGUUAGCGAGGAAUUUGAAAUACGUUUACGAAAGUUUAUGCUCAACGGGUAAAGUUCAUUUUCGAUUGAAUAAUUGGAUAGAAGUGAGCUUCUGCUUGACUCAAAAAGCUCACUCGAUUUAUAUGACCAAUUUCACCGUCAGCCCGGAAGAUAUCGAUAGAUGUUUACAGAAUUUGAAACCGUACCAUGGAUUAUUACUCUUGGAAGAUAUAAAUACCGUUUUGAAUUCAUUACCUCCCGAUGCUAGUCCUUCGUUGAUCAGAUUUUUGAAAGUUUACAGUCCUUUGAAAAAUUUUCAAAUGAUAUCGGCUGAUUCUGAUUUAACCAUUGCUCAAGUUUUCAACCUAAUCGGUCAUUUCUUAAACUGGGGAAGCGCGAUGAUUAUUUAUCCAUUGUGCGAGUCAAACAUUUACGUUAUUGCUCCUGGUGCUGGUAUCACGUCUAAUUCUCCAUUAACGGAAAAAUUUGCUCAGCAGUUCCCUGAACAUAAUUUACUAGAAGUUAUGGAAGAAUUUUCGUUACCAUCAACAAUGGUGCAUAAACUGAAUCCUUUGACUCAUCCGGAAGAGCAAGCGGUUUUGGUACAAAUGGUAGCAUGGAUGUUAAGACACCGAUUACUGAUGCAAUUACAUACUUACGUUUAUUUUAUGCCAACAAAAAAAGGAAUGGUUCAAGCUGAAGAAUUACAUCCAAUUUCACACAGCAGAUAUCAAAGUUUCAAUACCAACUUUGGUCAGAGUGGUUCUGAUUUAGAUACGUACAGUUUACAAGCUCCAAGUGAUAGCGAUAUAAGCUCCGUCAUCAGCGAAGAUUUCGCUAAAACGCCAAUGACAACGUUCCAAACCGAGCUCAACAGUUGGUUAAAUAUUUCCAUUAUGGAUGAAACCGAUAAGGUUGAAGAUUUGAUUUUCGAAGAUGAAUUCAUCACCCGAUUCAGCGAAGAAGAAAAAAAUGCGUUAUUGAAAAUACCAGCGUCGUCGAGUCCCGAAGAUUUCCAUUUGCUCAUGCGUUUACUCAAACAAGGAUAUUUGCAAGGAACCAGUCACAUGGAAGAGAUCAUGUAUUUAGAAAACAUUAGAAGAUCUCAACUGGUACAGCUUUUUGAAAAAUUCCAAGAUAUUUUAAUUACUUGCGAAUCUGCCGAUCCAGCGGUGUCUAUUUUUUACCCAGAAAUGUUCUGAUUUUGUGUGUGUAUUAUGUGUUCGUUUUAUUUGUCUGAAUGUCGAUAUGAAUUUUCUUACUCAAUAGUUCCGUCUAUUGUUACCGAAUAUUUGGAAUAAUCGUUGUUUUCGUAUUUAAUAAGGGUUAUUUUUAUCAUGUAAGUAUUCAUUUUCAAGCAUGCUCAUUUUUUUCCAUCUAACAAUAAGUUCAUAUUUACCAUAUUAUGCUUGAGAUGAGAUCAAUUGUUUACUUACGUAAUGAUAUUUUUUAAUUACUAAGUAUAUUAUUGAAUGCAUUUUAUUUUUAACCAAGUGAGUUUUUUAAUAAAUAAAUGUUUCGUUUCAUCAUUUUUA